AUGGUGGAUCAUGAGAAUGUGAAGCUGAAAAGGAUAAACGAAAAACUCCUGUCCUUGCUGAAUAAGUACAGGUGUGCAUAUUUGAUGUCUGUCGAUGUUGUAAACUUUUACGAAGAUGUAAUCAGAAGGAGAUGCAAAGAAAGUGGAGGGAAGGAUCUUCUGGAGGGACUGAAGAAGAGGAAGCAGUUGAAUGACAUAUGGGAGGAAGAAGUAGUCAUAAGGAAGAAAUUAAAAAUGAAGUUACCCAGGCAUGAAGCGUCUAUUGACGUGUCACAGAGUGGAGGCAUUGUAGAGGGUGUAGACAGUGCGGGGAGCAUUUCCCCCAUGUUGGGAAGGGGGGAAGAGUGCAGUGAUGAGAGGGAUAGUUCGGGGGAUACGCACGCAGAUAUACCCAACGCCCCACACACGAUUCACAACCAAGGGAAUCAGUCCGUUCAUGGGAGCUCCAAUGCCAUCAUCCACGAAAGAAACAAAUCGAACUACGUAAACCUUGGGGCUCUAGACUUCAGUGCAUACAAAGAAGACUCUGAAGGUUACGUAAAGUACUUCGAAAAGAAGAAAACACAAUUGAGCAAUGAUAAGGGGAACACAGAACCCAGUUACAACAACGCUGGUAGACAGUUACACCAGUCUGAGUUCAGAAAACGACCUCUCUUAAACCAGUCUGUAUAUGGGUCAAAACAGAGCGUAAUUAAAGCCUCUUUGAAUAGGGAUCUUCCAUUUAGCCAUAAACGCAUAUACAUGGACAAGCACCACAAAUUUCAGGGCGCCAAGAAGGAAGAUAUUCUCACUAACAGGAGUGUGUAUGUUAGUAGUGGCAGUGGUAUUGGUAGUGGCAUCGGGAUGAGUAACUUGUUGGGUAAAAAUGUGGGAGUUCCAAGAAACUUUGUAAAAAAUGAACUACACAAAGGGGGGUUGAUUGCGCCGUCCCAUAGGCCAAUAAGUAACUUGAAUAAAAGCGUUUAUGUAGACACAAAAGGGGCACACAACAGAGGCAGUAAUUUAAGUGAAGGACUGAGUAGCACCAACAAGGCUACACUGCUAAGUAGGGAUAAUUUGAAAAAGGGUGAGAGUUCUCUAAGCAAAAAGGCCAGCAUGGUGAGCAGGCCGCACGGGUUGCAAAGUAGCGUUUACGUGAAGAGGAUGAAUUCGACUAUCGGGGGUAGCGGUGGUGGAAGCGGUCACGGUGGCAGUAGUGGUGGUCCCAUCAGCUUUUCCCCCCCGCAUGCCAGCAAGGGCGGCCCAAACAAAAGCGUGUACAUGAGAAGCAGCACACUCAUGAUUGGCAACAAAAAGAGGAAAACAAGCGAAUGGGGAGAAAAUUACAAAUGUUCGUCGGCGAACGAUAAGGUUAAAGUUGAAGGGAAAGUCACUCACUUGCACGAUGGGGUGGUGGCUCAGGGGGAUAAGACGUCUAGCACAGAUGGUUGCAUCGAGGAGGAAAAUAACCUCGAUGGGACUCUAGGGGAAGAAAGGAUAAAAGAAAGUCCUAACAUGGUGACACAUUUUCACAUUCCAUAUGAACCAUUAACUUUGGAAAAUGUUGAGCUCCUAAUGGGGAGCGAAAUUAUUGAUGCAGAGGAUGCCUGUGGUGGUUGUGCACACGGGGAUAAUCAAAAGGGAGAUGGAAGAAAGGAUGACGGGGUUCACAUAAGUUCAGUAGAAAACGGAAAACAUGGAGAACACUAUACUAAGUGGGGUCCAGUCAGUAUAGAAGGUUACUCAGGUGUUGUAUCUUAUAAGAAGGAAGCAUAUUCCACAUUGGCGCAGAAAGAUGAGGAGAAGAGUUCCCUUCAUAUAGGGGAGACAAACCUUGUUGCGGAUAACACGGAUAGAUACUCGAAUGAGAGGAAUGCACACUCGGGGGAGGAGAAUUUGAGUAUGAAUCGUACCUCAUUACUGGGGAGAGAAGGAAUCAUCUCGUCAGGUGAGCGCACUAACGGACUAGAUAAGGUUCACCAUGUGGAGGGAAGCAACAUGAAGGAGGAUAACUCAGGCAUGGAGAGACAGAAUAAAAACGAUCACAUACAACCUCCUAGCCACCACACGGGUAGUGACAAAAUGGUUGGUCUAAAGAAUGAGCAGUGUGGAGAGGAGGCAGGAGUGUCGCACAUAAAUGGGGGAGAAUCGAGGCGUGGAAAGAUCAGAGCCGUUGAAAGUGACCAAAUGGGGAGAGCAAAACAGACAAGCAGUGAAAUGCCCCUACCAUUUCAGAAUAUUAUUUUUAGUAUAAAUGACGAAAUUAAAAGGAAGUUACAAGGAGCGUCUGAAAAAGGUGCAAUUUUAAGUGCAUCAAAAUGUAAAGAAUCAAAUACAAGUGGGAGCAAUUCUACAUUUGCAAAAUCAUUGAAGAGGAAUUUCCUGCCAUGUGAAGGAGAGAAGAGGAAUGCAGGGGUGGAAAUAGAAAAGAGUGUUAAUAACAACAGAGCGAAUCUGCACAUACAAAUGAGUAGCACUGUAGGGUACGUUUCCCUCGACAUGGUCGAACUUGAUAAAGCUAUGUACGAAGGCCUGUUGAGUUGCAAAGACGUGGAAGGAAGUUUCAUUCCAAGUGAGGAAAACAUAAAAGAUAUAGCCAUGUACGAUGAAAUUCUCAAGGGGGAAGCAAAAGGUAAUAGUAAUGUUCUUUCCCAGUACAGCAUAAAUAAUUGCACUCAAUUAGGGUUUAGUAGAAGGGGCCAAAUUAGUUUAUUCAAAUCGUCUGAAGAGGUUAAAAAUGAAAUGAUGGGAUUUUUAGGAGUAUCCAUUUUUUAUUCUGUCAAUGUGGAAUCCCUCCUUCCAUCAAUUUCGUUAGUGAAUGAUGAAAAACUAGCAUUGUGGUUUACCAGAAAGAUAAGAGAAAAACAUGUGAAGAAAAAUGUCUUAGCCAAAUCGUACUGUAGGAAUAAUAACCCCUUUGGGGGAAGAAUCAAAAAGAGGUUGAGCUUUAUGGGUUACUUCACGCAGCCAGUGACCAUCAUGUUGUGCUCUUUGAAACGACAGAGUGAGUUUAAGAAUUUGAAGAAAAUAGUUUCGGCUGUUGUUCUCUGCACAUGCGAUUCUACCACGUUAGAAAAAAUUUUGCACACCAUACCAGAAGCGAGUAGCAAAAAUUUUGGUCUCUGGACAGAGGCCUUGCAUAGGCUGGAAAGCCAGCUGGGGCCGAAGAGGAAAAGGAGUAUAAUUCGAAAUCUGUUGCGAGAAGGAGGGGGGGAAGGUGAACGGAAAGACGCCGCAAGGGGAGGUGUGGGUCUGGUGAAUCCACGUGACAGUGACCUGUACAUUGAGGACUCUGAGUCAGAUGACAACGACGAGGAUGACGACCAAACGGGAAGGAAAAAGAAGAACGAUGACCAAUUUGAGUUGAAGACGUACGAUUUUAUGAAGGGAAUGAAUACCUACGAUGGUUGUCUAAGUGAUUCAUUUUCCUCUAAAGGGGUGGAACAGUUAGACAGUGCAACAGACAUACCCGUGUCUUCUUCCCGAGAAGACCUCACCCAAGAGAAGAAAAAUGAAGAAAAUUUCGAAACUUAUGAAGAUGAAGAAUUCUGCCUGUUCAUAUGUACCAUCCCAAAUGCUCAUAAGAGGUGUCGCUAUCUGCUGCUGAUUGAGAAUUUUAAUUUUAUUUAUGACGAUCUGCUAAAGCAUAUUCAUAACAAGUUAAUGAGCAUAGAGGUGAUAGCAAGUAAGCAUAUGCUCUUGAAGCAGCUUUUCUCCAACAUUUUGUUUUUGUGUAAUUGGUUAAAUGAGCCGAGGAGGUAUCGAUGGUUUCAGUGGGACACGGUUGUGAAGAAGGUAGAAAUGCUUCAUGGGUAUUUAGAAAAUGGGAGAAUAUCUAGGGAUAGAUGUAUGCUGCUUCUUCUGGCGGAACACACAGGGGAAAUUUUCAGCGACAAGGAAUUGUACGAGUUGAAGAAGGUUAGCAGGUUUCACUUAAAGGACCUUUACGACAGAUCCAUCGACUUUAUUAACACUUUCCUGGAGUUACGUGGAGAAAUGAACACAGCUGAGUUUGCCCGCAGCUGUUGUGUGGGGGAAGCGACGGGGGAGGUUGAGGCAGAAGAGGCUAUGGGAAACUUCCUCAAGGACAAAUUUCUCGAAAAGGUGCACGAUUUUGUAGAAAAAGUAUACGGGAAGAUGCUCCUAAUAAUUUCGCGCCUAGUCCUACUGAUAAAGCAAUACUUAACACUUAUAAUAUGGUUAGGAGACAUCAGGCCAUUCUACCCUCUCUUUAGUUACGUGGAUGAAACGAGGAAGGUGAAAUACUCACAGGAUUUGUUUGUAAAUUUAGUGGCCUUCUUUGAGUCCUACAAUAAGUAUAUUAAUAUCAUCCACAAGGAUAACGAAAUGGGUAAGAACAACGAAAGGAACAGACACGCACUGUUAGAUGGUGAUGCGGGCAGCUGUUCUUUCCGACCUGGGUUUUAUUCUCCCACUUUAGAUGAUGCAUCUAUGGAGGUGGAAAGGAAAGUGUGUGGAACGUACGGAUUAGAACAUACCUGUGCAGGCAGAAAGGCGGUUAACAACUUGUAUGGCGAUUCUGUUGUCGACUCCUCCAAAGUGUUAAAAAACACAGAGGUUAAAAAGAGAAAAUCGCUAACGAACACCGUAGAUUAUGCAUGCGAAGUGAAACGGAAAAGCGUCGAAAAGGAAAAGAGACGCAGAUCUGUUAGGAGGAUAAGUUUCGAAAAAACGUGUGAGGCGGAAUUUCAACUGUCCGAUUGA